AUGUGUGGAACUCCUGCCACACAAUCUAUUGGUGAACCAGCUACUCAGAUGACUCUUAACACCUUCCACUAUGCCAGUGUAUCCCACCCAUAUCAAAACACCCUCACUUUCCAUGUACUUGGAGUGGGAUAUCACCCAGGACAGGAUGUUGGCAAAGAAUUCAAGAACCAGUAUGACCCCCACCCUACAUCCACCAUUAUCAAAGAAGACUCCACUGCAUGUUUGUCCAAAUCCUUCUUCACCAUCCCAGACAAGGAAAUCAAGUCGAAGCUCCACCUUCAGUCACCAUGGCUCCUUCGAUUGGUGCUUGAUUGUGCUAGAAUGGUUGGUCAGAAACUAAUUACUAUGGCAUAUGUUGCCAGCUGCAUCACUGAGAGCUUUGAGAUGCAUCUCUUCACUACCUGGAGCAUGCCUGGUGUUCACCAAGUAUUCUUGUUGGAGCAUGACAAGAUGUAUGCCAAUGAUGAGGUGAGCAUCAAGACAAGGAAAGAGUGGGCUUUGGAGACUGAUGGUGUCAACUUGAAGGUGGCAAUGUGCAUUCCAGGUGUCAGCUUUAGUCCCACAUACUUGAACAACUGUGUUGAGAGCUUCACCACACUUAGGGUUGAAGCCAUGUGUGCAACAAUCAUGAAGAAACUAAUGCCCAUGGCAAUCACCUGUCAUGGUAUUAACUAUCCUGAUACUGGUGCCCUGAUGCAUUGCUUGUUUGAGGAAAUGGUGGAGAUUCUGAUGGAAGCUGCUGCCAUUGGUGAAAAUAAUGAUUGUCAUGGUAUCACAAAAGAGGUUAUGUUUGGCCAGCUUGUGCCUAUGGGUACAGAUGCCAUUGUCGAUCAUCAUCUGCUGGUGCAAAAUAUUCUUACUGCUCAUGUGGACUGCAGUAUGACACCAAGCCAAGUAGCAAUGACACCAUAUGACAUGAACUCCCCCACAUGGUCAGAGAGUAACUGCAAGGGCGAGUUGGCAGCCCUCUCACCCCUUGCCACCAAUGGCAGAGAAGAUCCUGCCAACUUUUCAUUCCUCAGAUAUGGGAAGAGUCCUUUGGGUGCAGGAGACAUGUCACCUGCCAGCCCCCCUGGGUAUAGUCCUGAGCUCUCCCAAUGCAUACUCACCUACAUCGCCUUAUGUCCCUCAAUCUCCAUACAGUGCAACAACCUCACCAUUUGUCUGUGGUACAGUCUGCAACUGCCUUCCUUCAGUCCCACAUCUCCAUGGUACUCACCAACUGGCCCAUCCUUUGUCUCCAAGAUCUUCCCCUGCACAAAUGCCACCCUUGUCUCCAAAAUACUUACCCAUGUCACUGGUGUCACCCUCCUCACCCAAAUAUUCCAAUUUCUCCAAGUUAUUUUCCAGCCUCUCCUGCCCAGUGUGACUGGCACAUACCUACUAGCAGUUUCACCCAUACCAUUGCAGCAUUCCCUGCUGCCCCCAAUGACAAAAUGGAAUCACCACUGA